AUGGUACGAAGCGGCCGUCCGGGUUUGAGGAUACUACGCUUAAUAGGCGAGGUAGUAGUCGGUGUCUUUUUCCAGGCGCCGAUAGCAGGAGCGGCUCAACAAGAGGUAGAAACCCCUUUUGUACCAAAAAAGGCGAGUAGCAGAGCUGCGUUGGCGAGUAGCAGAGGGUCCCAUGAUGCGCAAAGCAAUGGUCCACUUGGCGUCGCCAAAACUCAUAGGAGAUGGUCGUUGCUGUUCGGCUGUGUUGUGUUGAAAAUUCAAAACGGCAGCAUGCGCAGGGGGGAUCACGUGGUUGAUGCAGGAGAUUCGUCGCUGGACUCGCUGCCAACAAUCAUCUCCAGCUAA